AUUAAAUAGUUUAUUUUUUUAAUAUUACAACCAUUUAAUUAUGUUUUCAGGCUCCCGCCAUCAAUUUUCUAUAGCGGAGUAUGUUCAAACAGAACACAAUUAUAGUGUUAUCAGCAAAAGUAGAGAUGACUCCAGAAAAGUACCAUUGAAGGAAUCUGUUCGACGAACUUCAAAAGUUUUUCAAAAAGACAUCCGUAUGCUGCGCUUGGAAAUAUCACGCUUGCGUAAGAAAACAACAACUUUCAAGGCGAGAUUGGCUAAUGCAGAAAAACUUGCUGAGAACACUGCAUUUCAACAAGUGGCAGAAAAAAUGUCGUCAACAUCGCAACUAUUUAUGCAUAUGCAAUUGCAAAAUGUUAAAAAAUCAAAAGGAAGGCGUUUCACUAUUGAAGAAAAAGUUCUAUGUUUGUCAUUGUUUAAAAAGAGUCCGAAAUGCUAUAAACUUUUACAUAAAUAUUUUACUUUGCCAUCCAUAAAGGCUAUGCAACGAUUAAUUAGCCAAAUAAAAGUAUGUCCGGGGAUCAACCCCAUAAUUUUUAAAAAACUCAAAGCUACUGUACUGGAUAUACCAGUAAAUGACCGUCUUUGCAGUUUAAUUUUCGAUGAGAUGUCAUUAACACCACAAGUGUCGUAUGAUGCACACAAAGAUAGUUUGGAAGGGUUUUCCACUAAUAAAACGACUGAAUUCGCUGACCAUGCUCUGGUAUUCAUGAUUAAGGGCAUCAAAAAUUUCGAUCCCGACUUUAUACCCGAGUCGGACGAUAGUGAAUUAACUUCGGACGACGAUGAAUCGACGAGUAACAGUAAUGCUAACUCCGAUGGUGAUACUAUGACGCCGCCGAACCGCGGCGCUGGCGCCGGCUCAUCUCAACGUCCAGUUCAACGUGCGCAGACGUCGAGUAACGCAAGUUGCUGGUACCCGCCAACUGGAACCCGUCAGCAAACUCCUGAUGAAUACCUGACAGUCGAUGAGACCAUGGUUGCGUUCCGUGGGCGUAUAAAGUUCAUGCAAUAUAUACCAGGUAAAAGGCACAAAUACGGUAUCAAGCUUUUUAAAAUAUGUGGAGACGACGGUUAUACGUUUGAUUUAAUUGUAUACGAAGGCAAAAAGGGUCCUGAGCGCCAACAGAAUUUAUCCAAAAACGUGGUGAUGGAAUUGAGCACUAAGUUCUUAGAUGCUGGCCGAAGCAUCAUUACUGAUAACUAUUAUACGAGCGUAGAUUUGGCCGAGUCUCUAUUACAACAUUCCACGCAUUUGAUAGGCACCGUCAGAAAAAACCGGAAAGGGUUACCCAAGAAUGUAGUAGGCGAGAAAUUGAAGAAGGGAGAAUUGGUUGCGAUGGAAAACGAAAAGGGGAUUUUGGUAUUUAAGUGGAAGGAUAAGAGAGAAGUCUUGGCCUUGUCUACUAAACACAAAGUGGGAUUUGUCACUGUUACAAGCAAGCGCAACAAAAAUAAAUGUUCUCUGAAACCUAUAGCAAUUGCGGACUACAAUAAGCACAAAUGCUCAAUUGACCUUUCUGAUCAGAUGGGAAGCUACUGCAACCCAUCACGACGUAGCAUUCGUUGGUUCCAAAAACUCGCAGUAGAAUUGAUACUGAACACAUCUGUCAUAAAUGCUUUUCUUGUUUACACGGCACAUAAAAGAGUGAAAUCCAAACGCUACACUAUAACAAAAUUCAGAGAACAACUAAGCAUACAGUUAUUGGGUUUAUAUCAGGAAAGCACCAACGUUGCAGAGAAUCGCGAAGCAGUAGAGCAUAAGGAGAGUGUUAAACAACCAGUUGCGUAUUAUUUUACGACAAAAUUAAAUAAAUUAGAAUUAAAAACUGUUAUUAAAGAGGUAAUUAUCAAUUGCCAAAAUGCAGGCUUAAUUGUAAUAAAUACCGUAUGUGACCAAAGCACAGUUAAUGUAAGUGCAAUAUCAGACAUGGUUAGUGAUACAAAAGCUUUAUUUUUAAAAAAUGGUAAAGAGUGGCGCCAUGACGUUAUACGCGUUAAUAAACGGAACAUUAUACCACUAUAUGAUGUCCCUCACCUAAUUAAAGGUAUUCGAAACAAUUUAUUAAAUAAAGACAUGUCAUAUGAAGUGGAUAAUGAAAUAUAUGUAGUAAAGUGGGAGUAUUUUCAAAAAUUAUAUGCAGCAGACACUUCUUAUGGGGAAUUGAGGUUAUUAGAUAAAAUUACGGAAGAGCACAUUAACCCAGAAAAAAUAAAUAAAAUGCGGGUAAAAUGCGCAACACAAAUAUUUAGCCACAGCGUUGCUGUGGCUGCAGAACAUUUAACCGGUAGGGGCAAUUUGCCGAUUGAAUGUAAGCAAUUAAUUAAAAUUACCUUAUUAUUGGACAAUUUGUUUGACAGCCUUAAUGUAAACUCUUUUAAUCCUAUUAAUGGUAAAAAAUAUAAAGGUGCUGUCAGGCGAAAUUCUUGUCAUCACCAAUUGUGGAGAAAUGCAAAACAAAUUUUGAAGACUAUUAGAUUUAGAGAAAAGAAAUUUGUUGGAAACAAAAUUAGAUUGACUGAAAAAGUGGUACCAUCUGUCACAAAUUUUAUAAAAACGAUUGAGGGCAUGGAAGCAAUUUGGGAUGUUUUGUCUAAAAAGUAUGGUUUUGAUACAUUGUUUACUCGUAAUUUUAAUCAGGACCCAGCAGAAAACUUUUUUGGGAAUGUCAGAAGUUUCGGAGGAAGAAAUAAUGCUCCUAAUUCAGUUGCCUUUCAAGGAGCAUUUAAGGCGCUUUUAUUAAAUAAUUAUAACUCUCCUCAUUCUAAUCGAUCUAACUGUGAAGAAGACAAUAACAAAUGUCUGCAGUCAUUACAUUUUUUUUUAGAUAAAGAAAUCAUUGAAACUUCUGAUGUUCCUACUCAUGAAGGAAAUGUAUUUUGUAAUGAAGAUAUUUUUGAUGUAGUCGAUUUUAAUAAUGAAAUAGACGCAGGUCAAAGAAAUUAUGUAUGUGGAUGGGUCUUGACUAAAUGCUUAAAAAAUGUUGCAAAAGGCUGUAAACAAUGUAAAGAAGACUUACUUGAUAACAAAAAUGAUAACGAAAGUAAUGCAUUCAUAAAAGCAAAAGAAUAUGCCAACAAGAAAUGGCUUUGUUACCCCAACAAAUAUACAGAACAUUGCUUCCAUGAAAUACAAAAUAUAAUAAUAUCAUUUUUGAAAAAAGACGCACCAAAAACAAAUGUAAAAAAAAAUAUAUGUGCUUUUAUUAACUUAUUAGUUAAUUUCCCAUUUAAAUGUCAGAGGCACAACGAAGUUUUAAAAGAAUAUUUCACUAAUAUUACCCUCAACGUAGUGUUACACAGUUGGUGUCGCUCAGUCAACCGAAUUUUGAGUGGUAAAAUAAAAUAUGAAGGGGAGGACGAAAUUAAAACAGCUGCACAAUUGUACUACGAUAAACACAAACAUUAUAAAAAUAAAAAAUGAUUAA